UGUUCGAAGGUCGUCAAACAUUUUCUCUUGUUGUCUAGCCCCCAGAGUGGCCGUUUUCAACUGUUUUUUAUACCUACGACAUGAGCCUGAAAUAUAUCUCAGGUAUUGCCGCCGAGUUGCAGAACAAAAGAGAAAAAUGAGCUUUUGCGUCAGCAACUUGAUAUUCCAUCAUUGCCUAUCUACACACACGAAACUAUACUGGUGUGUGUGUGUGUGUGUGUAAUCGAUAAAACACACCCGAUAUAGAGCUACCGAGACUGCUGGAUAAGAAAAACCUGGCCAAACUAUAAAAGAAAAACGCUGGAGAUUUACCAAAAACGGCGCACGUCUUCGCGCGUUGAUGAAACGACUUCUUGUUUAAGUCAUUCAAAUCAAUCAGGAUGGAUUGAAAUUUGCUUGUACGGACUAGUUGAACGAGACCCACGUAACCCUUUUCUUUAAGAAACUACGAGGCCCCCGCCCAAAAAAAAGAGACGAAGCUUUUCCCUUUACAGAUUGGGACCAACAUUGGGUUUCUUUUCGAUUCUCUCUCUCUCUCUCUUCUUUAUAAGCCGGGCUUAUAAAAAAAGCACAUCCAGUUGUAGACGAUCAUUGCUGAUGGCUUUCUGACAAGUCGAUAAAAGUCAGACGCAUAUGAAACACCACGACGUUUGCGAACAUUAGCCGUCACACACUGGAGGGGACUAUAUCGAAGGCAAAUUCUAUCAUAACUUUGAUGCACGGAACGAUAAUUUAUCGCGAACAGAAAUGCGGCCGUGCGCAAAUUGAGAAGCGCACGCGUCUUGGGCGUUUUCUCAAUGGCAGCGCAGGCGCGCGUGAAAACCGUUCGCGUGUGGCUCGUACUUUUGGGUGAAGAAAAGAAAAAAACCACUCAGUCGACGCCGUACCUCCUCAGGCAUCGGUAGCGUUUCUUCUAUACUGGCGUUCAUCACGUUUGUUGUCACCAAAAACAUAAAAGAAUUUUUAUUUGAUGAUUUUCCCCUUCAGCUUUUGGACUUGAAAAAUAAAAGUCGCGUGAUUGGCACUUUGGAUUCGGAUAAAGUGCGUUUGAUCUCGGAGAAUGUGGGAGAAAAAAGGAGAGGACGCAAUCUCAGCGGCAUCGAGUUGAUUGAAUCAAUGGCAAGGAUUUUUAACUGAAACAAAGAGAGGCCGCGACGUCCAUCCGAUGGAAGUGGACGUGUUGGAAUGGAACGAUUUAAAACAUUCGUCGCGGUUCGUGACUGAACAGCACUAUGCCGAUGCAAUCAUCAAUCAAACAUUUACGAUUCAACGUGAAACUUCGACGACAACAAGCACAGCAGCCAUGAAUUACAGUUUAAUUGAAACUGUGCUCAUCAGCGCCGCCCUGCUGGCCAUUAUCGUCGGCACAGUCGUCGGCAACGUUCUCGUCUGCAUCGCCGUCUGCCUAGUCCGUCGUCUACGUCGUCCUUGCAAUUACCUGUUAGUGUCGUUGGCCGUUUCGGACCUCUGCGUGGCUCUUUUGGUGAUGCCCAUGGCCUUGGUCUACGAAGUGCUGGGCACUUGGCCAUUCGGAGCGACGGCCUGCGACACUUGGGUCGCCUUUGACGUCCUCUCGUGCACGGCGUCUAUUUUGAACUUGUGUAUGAUCAGCGUCGAUCGUUAUUGGGCCAUCACUCGACCGUUGGAUUACGGCGUGAAACGGACACCGGCCCGAAUGAUCUCCUGCGUCGCCCUCGUCUGGAUCUCAUCGGCUUGCAUUUCGUUGCCUCCAUUACUCGUCCUGGGCAAUGAACACGGGCCCGUCUCCACCAACAACAGCCAUCCUCAGCCGAUUGAAGAAGAUUCAUUCAAUGCUGGCCAAGAUUUGCAAUGCCAAGUGUGCCAAGAAUUCGGCUACCAAAUCUACGCCACGUUGGGGUCGUUUUACAUCCCGUUGGCCGUCAUGGCCGCCGUCUACUACCAGAUAUUCCAGGCCGCCAAACGGAUCGUGGACGAAGAGAAAAAAGCCCAAAGCCAUUUGCUGAUGACACGGACCAACAGCUGCCCGAAACAAAAGACAGGCCAGCAGCAAAUGAAAUCCAAGACUAGUCAAUCGAUCCCAGUUCAAUCGUCUCUACAGGUCCAUCCUAACGCAUCGAACCUGUGCCAGAGCGCAGCUUUGAUUGUGGUGCGUCGUCAUAGCGAGAGACGCAAUUCGUCCAUCGACAGCAGCGACCACAACUGGACGUCCAAUCAUUACAACAGCAAUCGUCCAUCAACUUGGCCACUAGACCACGGCAUUUCUUCGUCGUCGACUUCAUCAUCCGCUUCUCUAAUGACGACAUUAAAAAACGAAACUAAAGAACGAGACGAGGCACGAGGCUGCGCACCCAACGCCUCGUUGCUGGACAUUCCCCGCAGCGUGAGCUGCCCGAGGCGUCGUUAUUCGUCGUCUGCUGCGAGUACGGCCGAAAUGCACGUCGACGACCACGACGAGCCUGUGAACAGCCACAGAUUAGAGUCGACGGCUGCCGCUAAUCCAGCCGUAAGGGCAGCUUCCGGACAGCUGUUGGCACCUGCUGGGCGAGGGAGUCAUGCACCGACUCUGGGGCCACCCAGUGUCCAGCUGAUUGCACCUAAUCCACCGCUUCUUCAGCAGGAGAAUCAAUUGCAUCGUAGAGGCAGUAAAAGCCGAUUACGAUUUGCUCUCAACAAAGAACGCAAGGCGUCGACGACAUUGGGGAUUAUAAUGAGCGCCUUCACGUUGUGUUGGUUCCCGUUUUUCGUGCUGGCUUUGGUCCGUCCGUUCAUGAGCCACCAAACGGCCUCUCUUGUGAUUCCGCGAUGGUUGUCUUCGCUUUUCUUGUGGCUCGGCUACGCCAACAGUUUUCUCAAUCCAGUCAUUUACGCGACGACCAACAAAGACUUCCGGCUGCCCUUCCGCGAGAUCCUCUGUCUGCGAUGCAAGUCACUCAACAGCGUCAUGAGGGAAGAGUUCUAUCAAUCGCAGUACGGCAACGAGGCCAACAAAACGGCACUUGCCCUGGCCGGUGGCGCCAGCCAGUUGUCUGCCACCGCCUUUCUCUAAUAAUCCCGUCACAGUCCCUAAACAUUUCCUGUCAUCCUAUGGUGUAAAUCGAUAAUCGAUUCGUUUACCUUUGUCUUUUCUAGUCCAAUGCUUUCUCAGUGUAUGGUGGAUGGCACCUGUCCUCUCUUGACCCUAAUGUAAAUGUUGAAUCUUUUUGUUUUUCGAUGCUCGUUGAUAUAACACGCACUUUGUCGUAGACACAUUUGGAUCUGUUGAUAGAUGGCACUGCAACUCGUGACUGAUUCACAUUUCGAUUGAUUUAAUUGUUGUUGUUUCACGCCAUACGGUUGCGUAUUCUCGUUUUAUCCACCAGUGACAAUUCGACUUGUUUAUUAAUUAUUUUGCCAAUUUUUGGUGAUCAAAUUUUAAAAUAUACGAUAUGGCAACACUGGA